AUGAAGCUAUUCCUGGCUGUACUUUUCGCAUUGUGCGUCAUCGCGUACRCUUAUCCCAGUACAGGCGCCGAGGAUGCAGGCCAAGAGACUUUGGAAACGGUAAAUGUGCCGCUGGCAGUGGAUGUAGAUGUGGAAGGUAGACGUCUAGCACGCCACGGUGGUCGCAUUGGUUUUGGCGGUGGUGGCUUUGGUGGUCGCGGCGGCUACGGCGGUGGUUCUCCAUUCGGCGGUGGCGGCUACGGUGGUGGUUCUCCGUUCGGUGGUGGCGGCUAUGGCGGUGGUUCUCCGUUCGGUGGUGGCGGCUAUGGCGGUGGUUCUCCGUACGGUGGUGGCGGUGGCGGUUCUUACAGCAAAGCUUCCGCAAGUGCUCAAGCCUCUUCCGGUUCAUAUGGUCGUUAA